AGGAACUCACACACCUUGACUCUCCUCUGUCUGUUUGCAGCUGUGUGACUGUGGGUCUCUGCCAUGUCUCUCUCCCCUUGCAGGCCCCAGAGGGGUUUCAGUGCUCGCUCAGCCUGUUCUGCUCGCUCCGGGGGCCGAGGCAGGGGCAGCUUCAGCAGCAGGAGCCUCAGUGCCUUUGGGGGUUGCCGAGGAGGCUCUCGUGGAAGAGCCUGGGGGUCAGUGGGAAGGCCAGGGAUGCAGUUUGGGGAGAGGAGUGGUGGGCCUGGGCUUUUCCUGUGCCCUCCAGGGGGCAUCCAGAAAGUGACCAUCAACCAGGAUCUGCUGACCCCACUGAAGAUUGAGAUGGACCCCCAGUUCCAGGUGGUGAGGACUCAGGAGACCCAACAGAUCAGAACCCUCAACAACCAGUUUGCUUCCUUCAUCGAUAAGGUACGGUUCUUAGAGCAGCAGAACAAGGUCCUGGAGACCAAGUGGCACUUCCUGCAGCAGCUGGGGGUGAGUGACAGCCCCCAGGGCCUUGAGUCUUCCUUUGAGGCCUACCUGGCCCAGCUCAGGAAGCAGCUAGAGGAGUUGCAGAGACAACGCUGGGCUCUGGACACUGAGCUGAAGUCUUGCCGGGCCCAGGAGGAGGAGUACAAGGCUAAGUAUGAACAGGAAGGCCACAAGCGCGCCAGUGUCGAGAAUGACUUUGUGGUCCUCAAAAAGGAUGUGGAUGACGUUUUCCUGAGCAAGAUGGAGUUGGACGGCAAGCUGGAGGCUCUGAGAGAGUACAUCUGCUUCUUGAGGCGUCUGUAUGAAGAAGAACUGGGCCAGCUCCAGACCCAGGCCAGCGACAUGUCCGUGGUGCUCUCCAUGGACAACAACCGUUGCCUGGACUUCAGUGACAUCAUUGCCGAGGUCCGCGCCCGGUACGAGGAGAUUGCCCAGACCAGUAAAGCCGAGGCCCAGACGCUGUACCAGACCAAGUACCAGGAGCUUCAGGCGUCUGCCCAGCUUCAUGGGGACAGCAUGAAGGAAACCAAAGUCCAGAUUUCUCAGCUGCAGCAGGGGAUUCAGAGGCUGCAGAGUCAGAUCGAGAACCUCAAGAAGCAGAAUGCCAACCUGGAGGCCGCCAUCACUGAUGCUGAGCAACGUGGGGAGCUGGCUCUCAAGGAUGCUCAGACCAAGCUGGCCAAGCUGGAGGCCGCUCUGAGAGCCGCCAAGGAGCACAUGGCCCGGUUGCUGCGCGAGUACCAGGAGCUCCUGAGCACAAAGCUGUCACUGGACGUGGAGAUCGCCACCUACCGCAGGCUGCUGGAGGGCGAGGAGUACAGGAUGUCUGGGGAAUGCACCAGCCAGGUCAUUAUCUGUGAGUAUCAGGGAACUUUUGAGGGGUCCCCAUGGGGAGCCAAGGACUGUGCUGUGACGCUGGUGUAUUUUUUGGCAGCCAUGGGGGACGGCAGCAUCGCUGUGUCUGGAGGAGCUGGAGAUAGCCUGGUGGGCACUUGUGGAUUCGGAGGCGGCAAAGGCAGUUUUGGGUCCAGCUGUUCCAGUGUCGUGACUGGAGGCUCCAACGUCAUCCUGGGCUCUGGGCAGUGCCCUGUUGUGGGCUCCUGCUAUGUGUCUGGUGGCGGGUCCAGCUCCAGUUCCAGCUGCCACACCAUCCUGAAGAAGACAGUCGAGUCAAGUCUCAAGACGUCCAUCACAUACUGAGUACCAUGGCAGCCACUUACUCCCCUGCCUUCCUGAGCUUUCUCAGCCCUGCCCUUACCCCUCUCACCCCCAUCCCAGCAUGGCCAGCUCUGUGUUCACUGCCUACCACCCAAGUCAACC